AUGGAGCGAGAGGAGAGCAGGGUUGCUGAUGGUGGAAAGUCCAAUUUUUGCCGCACUCCUAUCUGUGUCCUGGCUCCGGAGGGUGUAGCAGAUACAGACAUCCUCUCUACAUCAUCUGAGGAGCGACAGAAACAGUGGCCAGAUUUUUUUGAUAUCCCAGAAUUUUCUGUUGAUGUAGCUUAUAGACUUCGACAAGCAGAUCUGCUGUUUCUUCGUGAUGGUACACACCUGAAAGUAUCAAAAGAAAUAAAACACGAGAUCCUUGAACGAUUGGCAGAGAGCAUGUAUAACUAUGCAGCAUACCCAAAUAAUGCUCAGUUUGAAAGUGUUGCACAAGCCCUCAUAACCAAGCACCCCUGUCUCCAGGAGCGAGGCUCAACCAGUCGCUGUAGCGGCUGGAAAAAUAGUCUAAAAUUUAAAAUGGCUAAUUACAGAACAAAGCGCAGAAGGUCAGGGUGCCUUGAUGUAGCAGUAAAUGCAGGUAAACGAGGAGGACAUUUAACUGAAGGAGAACCAGCCAACAAGAACAUCAAGAAGGCAAAGAAAGGCGAGCUCAACUACUUACCCAACUUUCCAGAGGGAUUUAAUCAGGUAGCCCUUGAGUGUGCCCGCAAAGACUUGGUCAAUGAAAUGCAGAAGAGAACACCAAAUGGACAACUAGUGAAAGAGAAAAUGGACCUGACGUUUUCAUUAAGAAGAAAAGAGGUGGUGGAGUCAGAACCUGCCAUAAGCGAGAUGAUGGAACGUUGGCCUGCGCUUUUUACAGAAGAUCAG